AUGCGCGCGGAGGCGGCAGCGGGGCAGAGCGGCGCGGGCAGCAUGGCCGGCGGGGAGCAGUGCGGCGCGCCCGGCGGCCCCGGGCGGGUGGCGCUGAAGAAGGAGAUCGGGCUGGUCAGCGCCUGUGCCAUCAUCAUCGGUAACAUCAUUGGUUCUGGGAUCUUUAUUUCACCAAAAGGAGUUUUGGAGCACACCGGCUCGGUGGGACUUGCUCUUAUUAUUUGGGUGCUUGGCGGCGGGGUGGCUGCCCUUGGCUCGCUAUGUUACGCCGAACUGGGAGUCACUAUCCCCAAAUCAGGAGGGGAUUAUUCCUACGUCACAGAGAUUUUUGGUGGGUUAGCUGGGUUUCUGCUGCUGUGGAGCGCGGUGCUUAUCAUGUACCCAACCAGUCUGGCCGUCAUUGCACUGACCUUUUCAAACUAUGUCCUGCAGCCUGUCUUCCCUAACUGUAUUCCCCCCUAUAAUGCCUCCAGGAUCCUCUCCAUGGUGUGUUUACUCCUCCUGACCUGGGUGAACAGCUCCAGCGUUCGAUGGGCAACACGCAUUCAGGAUAUAUUUACAGCAGGAAAACUCUUAGCCCUGGCCCUUAUCAUUACUGUGGGCUUCAUACAGAUCUUUAAAGGAAACUAUGAAGAGCUGACACCAAGCAACGCAUUCAAUUUUUGGAUGACUCCAUCUGUGGGGCAUUUAGCGUUAGCUUUUCUUCAAGGGUCGUUUGCAUUCAGUGGCUGGAACUUCUUGAACUAUGUAACAGAAGAACUGGUUGAUCCCCGCAGGAACCUACCUCGUGCCAUAUUCAUAUCCAUCCCAUUGGUGACAUUUGUGUAUACGUUCACCAACAUUGCAUAUUUCACUGCCAUGUCACCCCAAGAGCUCUUGUCCUCCAACGCUGUGGCGGUAACAUUUGGUGAAAAGUUACUGGGCUAUUUUUCCUGGGUUAUGCCAGUCUCAGUGGCCCUAUCUACAUUUGGAGGAAUAAAUGGAUACCUUUUUACCUCAUCAAGGUUAUGUUUCUCUGGUGCCCGAGAAGGCCAUUUGCCGAGUUUGCUUGCCAUGAUCCACGUCAAGCACUGCACGCCCAUCCCUGCCCUGCUCGUCUGUUGUUUAGCCACUCUUAUCAUCAUGCUCGUUGGAGACACAUACACGCUAAUCAACUACGUGUCAUUUAUUAACUACCUCUGCUACGGAGUGACAAUUAUAGGCUUGAUCGUGUUACGCUGGAAGAAACCCAAAAUCUUCAGACCUAUCAAGGUGAAUCUCCUCAUCCCCAUCACUUACCUGGCGUUUUGGGCAUUUCUGCUGAUCUUCAGCUUAUACUCCGAGCCGGUUGUCUGUGGAGUUGGACUCAUUAUCAUUUUAACUGGAGUGCCAGUGUUUUUUCUUGGAGUCUACUGGAGAAAUAAACCAAAGUGUGUAAAUAGGCUAAUAGAGGCCGUGACCUGCUGGGGACAGAAGUUGUGUUUUGUGGUCUACCCUCAGGGGGGAGUCGCCGAGGAGGAGGAGGCACCCUCGGCCCGUUCUCGGCGACCGGCGAGCGAAACAGCCGUGAGGAAGUAACGACGUGGCCUCUGAGGCUGAAGUGGCUUCUUGUUUACAUGCUGAUUUUUGCAAAAAGUUUUUCUGUAAAAAAAAAAAAAAAAAAGUUUUUAGAGCUCCAAUAGUGAAGCCCAUAAAAUGAGCUACACCCUUUAUGACAUCUGUAGCUUUUAGUUUUUCCCUAAAAAAAAAAAAAGAGAAAAAAAAAGAAAUAAAAUAUAAAAUAAGGCGCUGGUUGUUUUCUUCUGGCAGCGUACUUGCUCGGCAGGGCAAAGCAGCACAGAUACAGCUCUGGAAUACUGAUUUUAGCAGCCGUGAGGGUC